AUGGACAAGAUCAAGGAGCGUUUCACCCUUCUCCAGCAGAAGAUCGAGGCCGCUGAGGAGCGCGCUGAGGCUGCCGAGGCUGAGAACAAGAAGCAGACUCUCCUUGAGCGUGACCAGGAGAUCUCUUCGCUCCAGCACAAGCUCUCGCUCGCCGAGGAGGAGGCCGACAAGGCCGAGGAGAAGCUCAAGGAGCUCAAGGGCUCGGCCGAGGAGGGAGACACGCACAGGACCGCGAGCGAGAACUACCAGCGCAAGGUCCAGCUGCUCGAGGAGGAGCUCGACAAGGCCGAGAAGGACUUGAAGGAGACCACCGAGAAGCUGCGCCAGGUCGACGUCAAGGCCGAGCACUUUGAGCGUGCCUUCCAGCGCGCCGAGCAGGAGAGGGAUGAGUGGGAGCGCAAGCACGGUGAGGCCGUCGAGAAGUUCGAGCAGUCGAAGCGCGAGCUCGACGAGGUCGUCGCUCAGAUGGAGAGCUUGUAA